CCACUGUAAUACUACAGCAGCGGCCAUGGACGAAUGAGACAUAGAUCAGCCACAUUUACAGACCUACCCACCAGCCGCAAACGGACAGAUUCAGCGUCUUUUCGAUCUGCCAUCCAACCCAAGUUAAUCAUUAUCAAAUCCCCAAUUGAAAGACUUUAGAACAUCAGGGCGAAUCCCAGGUUUUCAAAUGGAAGGUGGGGAAGAUGUAGAGAAAAGAGGGUCUGAAAGUGUAACAGACCAGAAAAAGGAAAGUCGCGAUGAAAUGCUUUCUAGGCACAGGAAGGAGAUAUCAAAGUUGCAGGACAAAGAAACAGCAAUGAAGAAGGCAGCAGCUAAGGGAAGUAAGGCCGAACAGAAAGCUAAGAAAAAGCAAGUAGAGGAUGAAAUCUCUAAGCUAAUGGCAAAUCUUAAAGAAGAACAAUCAAAUGAGCUUGCUUCUUCUCUCGGCUAUGAAGACAAUAAAGGCAAGGACAAUUUGGUAAAAGCCAUAGCCGGCAUUUCUCUAACCGAGCAAACCGACAAUGAGAAGCAUCCCAGUAAAAGCAUGAAAAGGCGCGAGAAAAGGGCUCAGCAAGAAGCAGCCAGAGAACAAAGGAUACAAGAAGAGCAAAGCAGCCUCGUCAGCGAGCGAACAGUCGAAAAUGAGAAAUUGGAAAAAAAGCUCGAGCCUUUAGGAUUGACUAUAAAUGAGAUAAAGCCAGACGGGCACUGUCUAUACCGAGCUGUAGAAGACCAACUGAACUUCCUAUCAGGUGGCUCUUCCCCAUAUAAUUUCCAACAACUUAGAGAAUUGGCGGCUGCUUAUAUGAGGAAUCAUGUUUCCGAUUUCCUUCCAUUUUUCCUCUCGGAGAAUAUGAAUGGAGGGAGUUCUGAAGCUUCUAUUGACGAGAGAUUUGAGAAGUAUUGUAAGGAGGUGGAGUCGACAGCAGCUUGGGGAGGACAGUUGGAGCUCGGUGCUCUGACUCAUUGUUUGAAGAAACAUAUAAUUGUGUUUUCUGGGUCUUUUCCAGAUGUGGAGAUGGGGAAAGAGUACAAGACUGUGAAUGGGAUUGGAUCUUUGUCGAAUUCAAGUAUAAAGCUAUCGUACCAUAGGCAUGCGUUUGGAUUGGGCGAGCACUAUAAUUCUGCAGUUCCAGCUUAACAUGAUAAAAAGAAGGUACAUGAAAUAUUGAGACUUUCUUUUAUUCAUAAUGAAAGACCUUAUUUAUCAACCAUUAAGUAUGUGAAGGUAUUAUUAAGAUGCAGUUUUGCUUGGUUUUAUCUAGAGUUGGAUUAGAAAUGAUAAAAAAUAGAUGAAAUUAAGAUAUCCUUCUUCCUUUUAUUAUACUUAUUGAGUUAUAUGACAUUAUGUUGUACUUUUUUUGUUGGAUUAGGUAUUUGAGUUUGAUGGUGUGUUAUGUCUUGACUUGUUAUCAACUCUAUUCAAUUCCCUUUGAAGAUGGUUAUUAUGAAAAGAUGUUAAAGACUUUACUAAAAGAGUUUGGUAUG